AUGUCGAACUUCGAUUCUGUAUACAAUGCACCAGUUACGACUAUUCCUCAAGCACCAACUUAUGUUCCAUUGACUUCUUUCACGACAUUUUCAGCAAUACCAGCUCGACCACCGUCACCUCUAUUUCGUCGAUGUGAAUCUCCUCCGCCUCGACAGCCUAUGUUUCCUCCACCAGGUCCUAAAUUCAACUUUGAUCUGUACAAAAUACCAGAUGACAGUUUUAACAUCCCCACUGAACCUAUAUCACGGCCAUAUCGACCAUUAUCACCUUCAUCUUCCGACAUAAUCCAUUAUCGUUCAAUAUACUCCCCUUCUUCUCCUCUUUCGACUCCAAAAACACAAACAUAUGCAAAACUUCGAGAGGCUAACGAAGAACUGUGUCACACAUUAGCACGAACUGAAUUAAACGAUUCAUCAACAGUAACACCGCAUUACCAUAUUCAUCACUAUCCACUAUCGUUACGUUCGCAUCCGAUGUAUCGCUCGCGGUCAGCGUAUGGAGUAUAUGAACCAUCGACGGAAUUAGAACUGUCACCAAACUUACAUAAAGCGCCAGUAACAUACAGAGUGCAUUUUCCACCCGAACAUCGCCAAGAACGAUAUCAAACUCGUAAACCUCCUCGUCAUAUAUCACCACCACCAUCGUCAUCGUCGUCAUCGUCGUCAUCGGAUCUGUCUUCUCGCGAAGAACCAAUCGUUAUUGAUUUAUAUCCAAUCAAAGACCAAGGUUUUGUCAAACAGAAAAGGAAACACUCUGAUCAUCAAAGUCCAUGGAUAGUAGAAGGAAAAUCACUACGACGUGGUUCAUAUACCGAUACAAGUACAUCGCGAUCAUCUAUGACAUCCAAAGGGUUAUACUAUGGGGAUAAACCUAUUAAAUUACGCCGUCAAUCCAAACAUGACAAAGAACGAUCACCAUUACGCAGGUCACCUUCAUCGAGAACCAAUGAACGUGUCUGGCGUCCUUCGUCCAAAUCGACAUCGAGUAAACCACCAAAAUAUUUUGAACCUACACCUCGGUCCAAUCGAGAUAUACCAACACGAGUAAGAUCGGCAAUCGAUAGUGCACAAUCCGAUCCAACGUCAGGACGAAAGGCAUCAUCAAGUCAACCAGAAAUACGUCUGCAUGAUCCAAAAUUCAAGCGACGCAUUGCAAAUGCUGAAAGUAAAGUCAAAUCCGCAUGGGAACCAACAGUUAUUGGCUUAUCUUCCUCGAUCACCAAAGAACCGAAAUCGCCAACGCCACAAUCGAUUAAACAAACCAAAAUUGUAACACCACCGAGAUCACAGACGAAAUCUGUGCCAUCAGAACCUUCAACCCCAGUUAAGAAAUUCAUUACUAUUCCACCACAACCAUCGGCAGCUGCAAGUACGGCUCCGAGUUCAGUGAAUGAUCUACCGAUAAAACCUAUUUUUGAAUCAACACCCAGAAAUCAAAGUGUGGCAGAGAAAAACGAUCAGAGCACGGAAGAUUUGUUGGAAAACGAAUCGCAUAUAUCAGAAAUACCCAAAGAAAAGCAACCAUCAAAUCCACCAACGCCUUUACCAGAACAACCACGAAAACCAUCGACUGAACUUCCAAAAUCUCCAGUAAUCGAACCAGAUAAAGAAGAGAAUGCAGGCGUGAAAGACGAUACUUUACAAAACCAAAACAAUCAUGACAAAAAUGAAUCAUCUGCAACCGGUACAGAUGCUUUAGAUAAUGACGGCGAGCAAUCGGAACCCCCAUCCCCUGACGUUCCAACCGCAGAAAAGAAACCGGCAUCCAUCAAAUCCACUGAGAAAAAAGACGAAACCACCGACAAAAAUGAUGAUACAGGUGACGAAGAUGAUCAAGAAGUUGCACGUAGUUUUGAUAUCAAUAAAUGGCUUAACGAUGCCGCGACUACGAUUUCCGAUGAAAUCAAAAAGAGUGGCACUAUUCCCCAUCAACCACUACCUUCACCACCCAGAACAACAGCAACGCUCAAGCCCAAGCCUAAGCCCAAGCCCCAAAGUCCUCCGCGUCGAAAAGUCCAACCGCCAUCACCUCCUCGUGAAAGUCCUGAUCAUAAUUUAUAUAAGCCUCCAUUCGGUCCGAAGAAAUCCGAUUCGAAACCAUCGACUCCACCAACUGCUCCAUCAACUGGUGAAACUGAUGAAGUCGAUGAUUUUUUUAGCUAA